AGAGAGGGCGAUUUAGAUUCUGAGGAAAACGAAAGAACCCCCAUAGAGGGCGGGACCUGUGCAUUAGAAGAUUUCAAGAAAAAAUUUCCAAUGAAAGACGAAUUUUAUACUGACAAGGACCGUGCGGCUAGCGUGGCGUAUGGAACAAAGGACAUUAAAGUCAGCUUACAAGACAAAGAAGAACGAGAAAUUCGUAAGAUGAAACCAGGCGAAAAGAAAUCAACAAUCUGUCUCACUCAAGGAGAGCACGAAAGUCGACAAGGAAAUGUAAAAAGUGCCAUUCACUUCUUUAACAAGGCCCUAGACGUCCAUCCCACUAAUAAGGACUGUUUGGUAGCACGUUCCAAGUGUUACUUACAACUAGGAAACAGCGAAGCUGCUCUCCGAGAUGCUGAGACAGCACUUGCUGAAGAUAAGGAAUGUGUUCGAGCACUUUAUCAAAAAGCUGAAGCCUUGUUUACAAUGGGUAAUUUCGAAUACGCAUUGGUGUUCUAUCACCGAGGUCACAAACUGCGACCUGAAAUAGAGGAGUUCAAACUUGGCAUUCAAAAAUCUCAAAAAGCCAUAGACAAUUCCAUCGGAAAAGAAGCAGGAAUAAAGCUUGGGAUCAAGAGAGAUUCAACGUGCAAGAGAGGAAAAGCAUCAAGUGGUCGUGGCAACGUAGAUUCCACUUUACUGACAGAAGAACAUAAAAAUACCAAACUGCUCCUCGGCGAGCUAGCUGUUGAUAAAAUGUUUAUUGAGAAAUUACUCAAAAAUAAAGAUCUGACUCGUACUAAAGGUAAAGAAGUUUGUGAACAUGCCCAGGACGCCUUAGAUUUCCUUCAGUCGCGGCAAAAUUUUUGGCACCAACAAAAACCUCUGUACGUUAGGGAGCGCCACCGUCGCUUUGCUCGAGCACGUGCACGAUCAGGGGGCAACAGAAGGGGAAGUAUCGUCGGUCAAAACGAUAAGUUUGAAAAAGCUGAAGAGAAACGAAAACAACAAAAAGAUCAAGAAGCGAGAAAGAAAAUAACUAAACAAGUUAUGGAAAUGUUGGAAGAGAUAGAUGAUGCGUUGUGUAAUGGACAGUACCAGAAGAGCCUUGAUAAGGGUAAUGCUCUAACAAAGUUUCUUGACGAUUGUCCAGAGGAACAUCUUCCCAAUAAAACCGAGAUUUUAGCCACAGUUUACAGCAACAUAGGUUCUGCACACAUGGAAUUAGGUGAUCUCGGGGCAGCCCUGCAGUUUCAUCAAAAAGACUUGGAGCUGGGAGAGCUACAUAACCUUGAAGAAUGUCGAUCCAGAGCUUUGGACAACAUCGGACGAAUAUUUGCUUUGAGACAUGAGCUUGAUAAAGCCAUCGAAGUGUGGGAAAUGAAAAUCCCACUGUGUAAUUUGACCAUCGAGAAAGCAUGGCUGCACCACGAGCUCGGACGGUGCUAUUUGGAGUUAAACGAAGACAUAAAGGCGAAGGAGUAUGGUAAAAAAUCAUUGGAGUAUGCUUCAGAAGCGAAAGAUGUAGUGUGGCAAUUGAACUCGAGCGUGCUAAUUGGACAUGCUGAAGUUAUGGGAGGGAACUUCGAGGAAGCAUUAGAAGCUUUCGACGUGGCUCUAAGAUUUGCCCGACAGCAUAAAGACAGUAGUAUCCAGAGAGUCCUCAAGUUGGCACAAAGCAAAAUUUUAAAACAGAUAGAAGAAGUUAAAGAAGUAUCCAAAACCACACCUCUAACUGAGAAAAAAGCGGAGUCAUCUUCAAAUACAUCAAAACCAGAUACAGAAAACUCUGGCAUAGACAACUUCAGAACGAGUCCAGAUGUCCAUAACAAAAGCAUAAAUAAAAAGAAAGGGCAACAUUUUUCUCUAAGACAUUACUAUAAAAUAUCUCACGAGAGAGAUUU